UAGCAAAGCAAAUGGCAGAUUCUGGGGAAGAACAUGUUGGAGAAUCAUCAAGCUCUAAAAGAAGAUCAAAAAGGCAAAGACAGUGUCACAGACACACUAUGGAACAAAUUCAGCAACUUGAAAUAUUUUUCAAGGAAUGUCCGCAUCCAGAUGAGGACCAACGAAGCCAGCUGAGUAGGGAAGUAGGGCUUGACCCUAAGCAGAUCAAGUUUUGGUUUCAAAACAAAAGGACUCAAACAAAGCACCAAAGAAUAUCCACUCUCAUCUCAAGUGUUGUUGGAAGGUCUUUUGUGAUGAAUUCAAAAUUGGCACCACAAAAUAUUACUCUUGGAUCUUCAUCAAAUUCAUCUGAUGAAAGUUUGUUGAGCCAAACUAUAGGAGACUCUCCCAUCGGAUAUCCUCCUCAAGAAAACAAUAAUAAUAAUGUUCACGAAAAUUCAAUAGAUAUUAAUAAUAUCCCAAUAAUUACUCCAUCACCACAAGAAAGUGAAUUUCAUCAUGAUAAUGUGGAGAAAUCAAUUAUUCUUGAGAUUGUUGUUGCUGCAAUGGAUGAAGUUGUUCGGGUUUUGCAAGUGGAAGAGCCACUUUGGAUAAAAUCACUAAAUGGUGUUAGGAAUUCUAUUCGUCGUGAUAGUUAUGAGAAAAUAUUUUCAAAUUCACAUCGACCUUAUAGAUCAUCAAGUGCUCGAAUUGAAUCAUCAAAGGAUUCUGGAGUUGUGUCAAUGACUCCAAUUGAGUUGAUCCAAAAUUUUCUUGAUCCGAUCAAAUGGAUGAACAUGUUUCCUACUAUGGUCACAAAAGCUAGGACUAUUGAUGUUAUUGAUACUGGGAAUCUUGGAGGCUCUAUACAAUUGAUGUAUGAAAAGUUGCAUAUUUUAUCUCCUCUUGUGGGAGCUAGAGAUUUUUUCUUCAUACGUUGUUGUAGACAAAUAGAUCUAACAACAUGGAUAAUGGUGGACGUUUCAUAUGAUAUAUUCAAAGAGAUUCAAAGUGGUGGACCUUCUUUUUGGAAGUUUCCUUCUGGUUGUAUAAUUCAAGAUUUGGGCAAUGGGAAAAGUCAGGUUACUUGGCUUGAACAUGUUCAAGUAGAUGACAAAAAUCAAACUCAUCGUAUUUAUAGAAAAUUAGUGUGUGGUCGUCAAACAUAUGGCGCUAAGAGAUGGAUUAUUACACUACAAAGAAUGUCUGAGAGAUAUAGUUUUGCAAUGGGGACAAAAUGUCCUACUACACAUGAUCUUGAAGGAGUGGUUAAUGAUCCAAAAGGCAGGAAAAAUGUGAUGCAAAUAUCCCAAAGGAUGGUGAAGAGUUUUUGUGAAAUCCUAAGUAUGUCAGACAAAGUAGAUUUUCCUACUUCACCAGAGAUGACCAACAAAGGAGUUAGGAUUUCUACUAGAAAAAGUGAAGAAAUUAGCCAACCAAAAGGGUUGAUUGUUACUGCUGCUACUUCCCUAUGGCUUCCUCUUUCAUUUGAAACAGUUUUCAAUUUCUUCAGAGAUGAGAGAACAAGGCCUCAGUGGGAUGUUUUGACCAGUGGGGAUGCUGUGACUGAGUUAGCACGAGUAAUAACAGGAACUUUUCCGGAAAACUGUAUUAAAAUCAUCCAGCCUUAUGCACCAAGUGAGAACAGCAUGUUAGUUAUUCAAGAAACAAAUAUUGAUCAAAUGGGAGCCUUUUUAAUCUAUGCACCCAUUGAUUUACCAACAGUCACUUCACUUAUCAAUGGAGAAGACAGCACCAAAGUUCCAAUAUUGCCCUCAGGUUUCAUCAUAAGUCCCGAUGGUCGCCUCGCUGCGGAUAAGGACAGUACUGGAAAUACACCAAAUGGUUCAAUUUUGACAGUGGCUUUUCAAAUAUUGAUUUGUGCCAAUGAUAAUAAUGUCAAUAAUUAUUCAAUUUCCCAGCAGCAACAUAUGGAGACAGUGACUACUGUUCACUCCCUUUUGAGCUCUACAGUAAUUAACAUCAAAGAAGCUUUGGGUUGCUCUGAUUAAAAUUAUGAUGGUUUCAUUUCAUGUUGUUAUUUUGUUUAUUCCAUUGUUGGAGAUUUAAAACUUAAACAUAUUAGUAAGUUUGAAGGAUGAUGUGUUCCCUUCUGUGGACUUAUGAAAAUCUCAAGACUGAGAUAUGUUAUUGCUAUUAUCUUUUAUAUUAAUAAUGAUAGACUAAUUUUGAGACUUCUUAUUUCUUUGGUUAUUUAAAUUUUAGUCCGGUUGACCAAGUCUUUUUAAAAUUUGGUUAUUUAGAAAAGUUUUUUUUUUUUAAUCAGAAGUGCUUUUUGAAAAAAUACUUUUGGAGAGUAAGAAUUUGUGUUUGGUUAAUCUAUUUGAAAAAUAGAAUUUCUAGUCGUUGUUUUUGCUCUCUAUCAUGUACCAACAUCAUGCCUUUCUGAUUUUGCAAGUCGAAUCUAGUGGGGUAGUAUAUAUAGACUAUAUGUAUACUGUCCGUGUGUGGAUGGAAUUAUACUUCAAAAUUUAAUGGUGUGGCCAGUACUAUCCACCCUACUUUCAAAGCUAUAUUCAUUUUUUUUUUAAUAAAAAUAUUUAACUUUUAGCCACUAUUGACAUACUUCGGACAAACGAUUGUCUGCUCCUCCUCCUCCCCUUCUCUUCUACCAUAUCAUUUCGUCUCUCUGAAUUAUAGUUGUUGCGUUUUGGCCAUGGUCGUCCGAGCCUCUGCACAGAAUUAUUAAUUGAAAGGCGU